AUGGAGGCGCAGCACAAGCGCGUGGAGCAAAAAGGCCGCUUCACGAUCACGGAGAUCGUUCCCGUCUCGUCCUUCUCGGCACAGCGCUCGUCGUCGCCGUUCCAGGACACUGAGAGCUCUGCGAAAGCACCGAGUAGCAAUCGAGUGGCUACACUUUCGCCUUGCCAAGCGACUGUGCACGACACGUGUGUCACGACUACGACCGUGAGGACGAAGGACUUGAAGUGGGAUGAGCUGUUUGGGUGUUCGCAGACGCAAGAGGCAGAGACGGUCGUGACGGUGCCGGUCGAGUCGCAUCGCACGCUCGCGUCUGAAACAGAAGCUGUGACAAUCGAUGUCGCAAGCAAGCGGUCGUUCUCUACUACUGGUCUCUCAGCUCCUGGCUCGCCGUCACGAAAGUUCUCGGCGCUGAAGAAAAACCGGGAUGGCGUGCAGCGUGCUGCUCGACGGAUCAAGCGUCGAGGACGUUUUACAAUAAUUGAAAUGGCAUCUGACUCGCCUAGUUCGAGGAAGAACUCGGAUGAGCUGUGCGAUCAUCGAUUGCCAGAAGGGUCUUCGGGUCGACUUGCUCCACAGCACCACAGUUGCAGCUUCGAGCCGGUCGAGCGUCGCGCUAAAUCCAAGCGGGUGCCGCGGUCUAUGCCUCGUCUUCGACAACUUUCUUCCUAUCGCCGAUCGCGUCGGCGAAGUGAAAGUCCAUCUACCGACUCUGUGGAUGCGGUGAGGACCACUCCUGGUCAGCGACAGCUGCAGGAAACAACAGCUUACGCUAAGCGUCCGACGUUGCCAGUUGCUGAGAGUAUCGAUGCGCUGGCGAAAGUGUCCUUGUCAGGUGUUGUCGCUAGCCGUACGGGUGCCGCAGCGAUCUCGAGUUCCAGCGCACCAGUAUCCAUGGCCAGCGUAGCAAUACCCGAUAGCGGAGAGACUGCCACGAUCCCUUCGUCUGCUGUUCGAUCUGCUACGUCAUCGCCGCAGCCCAUCGAAGGCUCUGCGAUGAACGACAGCACAGGUCCAUCGCAAACGUCGCCACUGGCUAUCUCGGCCGCCCAGUUCCUGCAGCAGCAGCGAAUGAUAGCCUCUCUUAUCCGACAACAGCACGAUUUGAAGCAGAUCAUUGGCGUGCUGCGAGAACAGCAGCAGCAGCUCAUAACCAUUCCGUUGCAGAUGAGUGAGCUCGAUGGCCAACGCGUCAGCUGCAGCGACGGUCGGACGAAAGAGGAAGAAACGCGUGCACUGUACACGAGACUGGACUCGCUGACACGAUCGAAUAAGUCGCUGCAUUCGCUGUUGGACGUUGCAGAGCGGGAAGUGCGUCAUCGCACGUUGCAAGUCGAGUGUUUGUCGGAGGAGAACGACGAGCUUCGUCACCAUUGUGGACAGCUGGAGCUUUUUUUGCAGGACCGUCGGGCGAAGGACUAA